GGAAGCAAUAAUGCAUGAGGACUCAAAACUAUAACUGAUACAAGAGAUCAUGCAUUCGAUAUAACCUUCAUCCUCUCAUUGCCAUUCCCAUGCCCAUCGGUUCUCUCUAGACAUGGCUAUUGAGAACAGCAAGGAAACAGGACUGGGCUACAGGCAGAAAGCUAGGGUGCUUGGCCUGCUACUAGUUUUGCUGAGGUUGGCAGCUCUGUUGGCCACAGCUACAGCCACUGUGGUUAUGGCACUCAACAAGCAGACCAAAAGAGAGACCGUUGCCUAUGUGGGCACUACUCCCAUCGUCCAAACCUUCACUGCCAAGUUCCAGCAUACACCUGCUUUUGUGUAUUUUGUGGGAGCCAAUGCUGUAGCCAGCUUAUACAGUCUGAUGGUGCUGCUGCUCAGGCCCUUCAUGAAACGCAAGUCUCAUGAGAUUUUCCAGCACCUAGGAGGAAUGGUAAUGGUGAGUGUAGUGGCAAGCGGUGCCGCCGCAGCAGCUGCAAUGGCUGAGUUGGGAAAGAAAGGAAACUUGCAUGCAAGAUGGAACCCAAUAUGCGACAGAUUCGAUGCCUUCUGCUGCCGCGGAGGCGUGGCUCUCAUCGCGUCCUUCAUCGGAGCGGCUCUCCUUAUGAUCCUCAAUGCAGUGUCCACCAUCACUCUCUUGAAGAAUGUAGCUAUCCAGGAUUAGUCCUUUAUCUCAUUUCCCUUUCACGUGUAAUUUUGUGAUGAAUUGUGUGUUCCCCACUUCCCCUAUACCAGUUUGGCCUUUCAGUGAGCUGAGUGGAACCUAAUGGCCCUCUCUAAGGCCUACUGGAAGGAAGUUUCAUGUUUAAACAUUGCCUUGUCAAGUCUUACAGUGUUUGUCA